AUGUACUUCAAGGUCGGCGACGACGGUGUGACCUGCUGGGUGUUGGUCUACGUCGACGACCUGCUCGCCGCCAGCAGCAGCGCCGCGAUGCUGAAGGAGCUGAAGAAGCUGCUGGAGGCCGCGUUUGAGCUGUGCGAGAUCUCGCCGGUGCAGAAGUACCUCGGCCUGGAGAUCGUGCGCGACAGGCCGGCGAGGAAGCUGUGGCUGCACCAGCAGGGCUACGCCGACAAGCUGCGUAGGCGCUUCCUCGACCAGGAGCAGACUGGGCGCACGCCGAAGACGCCGGUCUCGGUCGACGCCUACGCCGAGCUUACCUUCGACGACGAGGAGGCUCAGGAGCGCGAGGAGGAGGAGUACCGGCAGAAGGUCGGCUCGCUGCAGUUUGCGAGGCCGGACAUCGCCUUCGCCUGCAGCAAGUUGGGGAGCGGCCUCACGGUGAGGAGCGAUCAGCACUGGCGCGAGGUCGACCGCUGCCUUGCCUACCUCGCCAACACGCGCGACACCGCCCUGGAGUUCGGCGGUGGUCCGGAGUCGCUGGAGCUAGUCGGCUACGUGGACGCCGACGACGCCGGCGACAAGCAGAACCGGACGAGCACGGGAGGCUACGUGUUCAUCUACGGAGGGGCCGCAGUCUCCUGGUCGAGCCAGCGCAUCAAGUGCGCGACGCUGUCAUCGACCGAGUCGGAGUACGUGGCGGCCGUCGACGCCGGGAAGGAAGGACGCCGACUUCGCUUCCUCCUGGCAGAAUUCCGGCAGCUGGACGCCGGGAAGCCGACUGUCCUGCGAGUGGACAACAAGUCGGCCAUCACGGUCGCCGAGGGCAUGGGGUUGACGGGCAACCUCAAGCACAUGGAGCGGCGACAGGCUUGGCUGCAGCACAUGGUAAAGCGGGGGAAGUUUGCGCUGCAGUACAUCCCGACCGCUGAGCAGCCAGCCGACUUUCUAACGAAGGCGCUGCACUACCCGGCCUUCAACCGGUGCUCCGUCGCGAUCGGCCAAGUGCGCCUGGCCGAAGUCGGCGACGACGACGACGUGCAGCAGUAG